AGAUUGAGUGUGUGCGCGCGCCCGCGCAAGUGAAACUGAGAGUUUGAGUCACAUCAGUAGCGGCUGAAAGCUAUCAAAACUCGCCGAGUGUUUGCCCUCGACUAUCCUUGAAGCUUUUUGAAGGUUUGUUUGCCUGGAGUACAAAGGGAACAUUGUCUUUUCAGGGUUUAAUACCUUACCGCUCUCUAGCACAUUUUGGCGUCGCGAUGUCUUAUUUAUUUUCAUGCACUUGCUUGAACUGGUAAAUUGUGCUCAUAUAGCCAGAGAGUCAGAGAAACGACAUAGUAUCUACGUCUGACUGCCAAAGGUGCUGGAAACCAUGGAUCACCUCACCUCCAAAUCCCAACGUUUUCCUCUACUGCUCCUCACUGCUCUAUGCGUUCUUCCUGGAUCACUGGCACAGACUUCGAUCCCCAAGGGUUGUGCCGCUGAUGUGGACUCCUUGUAUUUCAAUCUGUGUGACCUGAGUGCUGUCUGGGGUGUUGUAGUGGAGGCAUUUGCAGCUGCUGGUUUGGUGGCCACCCUGAUUCUUCUGAUCGUGCUGCUAGCCAGCCUUCCCUUUAUCACUAACAGGAAUUGGCGCAGUUCGUUGGGGCUUCACGUUGUGUUCCUGAUCUUCACGUUUGGACUGUUCGCCCUCACUUUCGCCUUCAUCGUCGGGAAGAACUUCGCCACGUGCGCGUCACGCCGCUUUCUGUUCGGGGUGUUGUUCGCCGGCUGCUUCUCGUGCCUUCUCAUGCAAGCCGUGAGGUUGAACAUACUAGCCAGGAGGAACUCUGGGCCCAGAGGUUGGGUUUGGUGUUUGGGUGCUCUGGGACUCUGGCUGGUGGAAGUUGUCAUCAACACAGAAUGGCUAAUUAUUACAAUUGUACGAUACCCAACUAACAUUACCGGAACCCUUGCUCCUGCCACUGCUGUUCCCUGUAACAUUGAAAACCAGGAUUUUGUCAUGGCGCUCAUAUAUGUUCUAAUUCUACUCUUGGCAGUCGUAGUGGCAUCCUUACCCAUAUUGGCAGGUAAGCACAAGCGUUGGCGCAAAGAUGGAGCCCUCAUCCUGGUCACAGGACUGUUUUCGGUGGGCAUCUGGGUGGCUUGGAUUGUCAUGUAUGUAUACGGGAACUCAAAGAAUGGUGGGCCAACAUGGGAUGACCCCACACUGGCUAUAGCACUGGUGUCAAACGCAUGGGUGUUUCUGCUGUUCCACACUGUGCCGGCGGUGUGCAGCCUGAGUGAGGUAGAUGACGAUCCAGCUGUUGAGGAAGAUCUGUACCCCAGCAGAGGUUACGAGAACAUUCUGAAGGAACAAAGCACACAGAGUAUAUAUAUGGAGAAUAAGGCCUUCUCUAUGGAUGAGCCCCACACAGGUAAUAAGCCUGUGUCCCCAUACGGCGGCUAUAACGGCCAACACCGAAGUAUAUAUCAGCCGACAGAAAUGGCCAUCAUCACCAAAGGAGUGAGGAAUCCACAGGGGGAAACGUAUGACAGUAUAAUUCCACGAGCAUCCGUAGGCAAUCCACCCGGAGACCAAAGCGGUCACACCAGCCCCUCAACACAACUUGAUGAUAUAAGAAAAUAUUCAAAUGUAUGAGGUGGUGGAUGAAGAGAUCAAAUCUAUUAAACUAAACUGGAAAUUUCAACAGAAGACCCCAGUGAUCUGCUCACGCCAGUUG